UCAGACAUACAGGAGUAGUCUGGUAACGGAAUGGCUUGCAACCUCUAGGAUUUCCCCUACAAUUGGCGACGAGGAUCUAACUCUAUACCUAAAAAAGGGAUUCAUAUGUGAUCAUUCCAGGAUGUGCAUUCAUUUAGCCUCCAUUGACACAGAACCUUGCUUUCAGAACCUUUAGAAGGUCCAUGCGUGUUCCUUUCAUCUUGAAGAGAGAUUGGAGAAAAAAGAAUGAGUGUGUGUGCCGACGUCCCCUCAUACCUGCGGCGGUGGCUGCUGACUGCUGUGUUUGUCUUGGCCACUCUGCUACCAGGAACCAGUGGCUGCCCCAAAUCGUGCGCGUGCUACGUUCCCACCGAAGUGCACUGUACCUUCAGAUAUCUGACCGCAAUACCAGGCCAGAUCCAGACGGCUGUGGAAAGAAUUAACCUAGGGUAUAACAGUAUAACCGUAUUGAGGGAGAAUGAUCUGUCUGGGUUGAAACACCUGGAGCUGCUGAUGCUCCACAGCAACACCAUUCACAGCAUCGCUGACAGGGCCUUUCAAGACCUCAAGUCCUUACAGGUCCUGAAGAUGAGCUACAACAGAGUGAAGGAGAUCAACAAGGACAUCUUCCAAGGCCUGGAGGGACUGGUACGACUCCACAUGGACCACAACCGCAUCGAAUUCAUCAACCCGGAGGCGUUCUACGGUCUCACCACAUUACAGCUGGUCCACCUGGAGGGCAACCUGCUCCAGCAGCUCCACCCGGAUACCUUCAUCACUCUGAGGCACAGCCAAGUGUUCAAGGUGUCCUCCGUCAGGAACAUCCACCUGUCUGACAACCUCCUCGCCAGCUUACCCAAAGACAUCUUCACUGGCUGCUCUCAGCUGGAGAAUGUAUAUCUCCACGGCAACCCGUGGUCCUGCGACUGUCGCAUGGCUUGGUUCCCAGAGUGGGCGGAGAGAAAUGCAGCUGUGCUGAAAUGCAAGCGAGACAGAAAGUUUGCCAGAGGUCAGGCCUGCCCCAUCUGUGAGACCCCCGCUCCCUCUAGAGGCAAGACCCUAACCCAGCUUCCCCGUGAUGCCUUCACCUGUACCAAGCCCCGGAUCCACCCCCAUCUGAAGCAGAGGAACGUCAGCCUGGACGAGGGGGAUUACACCCCUGUCUCCCCCCGGGACUUCAUCGCUCCCAUUGGAUCCCUGCAGAUGAACCUGACGGCUCAGUUCCACAAUGACGCUAGCCUUACCUGCACGGUCCAGAGACCAUCAGCCAUGGAGAACCUGACUCUAACCCAGGUGGAGGAGGAGGAGAAGAAUGUGUCCAUGCUCUCCACCACCAUCUCUACAUGGCUGGUUUGUAAUAUUGACUAUGAGCACAUCCAACAGCUCUGGCGCAUCCUGGCUACAUACAGUGACGUUCCCAUGAGGCUAGAGAGAGGGUUGAUGCUCUCCAGGACCCCAGACAUGAUCUACAAGUACAGCCAGAUCAGACCAAAGGAGGGACAUGAUGAAAUCCACACAGACAUUGAGGCUGAGAUUAAGGCUUCACCUGCAUGGUUGAUGCAAGGAGAGGUCAACUUUCAGCUGGACCGCACUACAACCACAUUCUCCACCUUGCACAUUAAGUACAGGUCAGUGGUCAACCUGCGUGUGGAGAACAAGGUGUCACAGAGGAGGGACCGUUACAGCUGGACCAUCAUCAAACGAGACAACCAGACCCAGACUGAGCACUCUGUCCUCAUAGGUGGGGUGGUGGAGCUCAACUGCAAGACCUUUGGGGAACCAAAACCCUCUGUAGAGUGGAUCUUAUCGGACGGCACUAAGGUACGGGCGCCCUUCUCCAGUGAGGACCGCAGGAUAGUGAUCACCGUUGAUGGCAGGCUCACCCUGAGAGGAACAGACAACUCAGACACUGGGCUUUACCGCUGCAUCGCCACCAACUACCUGGACGCAGACGUGCUCAGCUUCCGGGUCACCGUGCUGUCUCCCGAUGUGGAGGAGGAGGAGGUCAAUGGGGUCAAGCUCUCACGGCCUCUGGGCCAGAGCCUGGUUCUAGACUGUGGGUCCGCAGGCAACCCUGAGGCCUCGGUCCAGUGGAUUCUACCUGACCACACAGUGCUGGAUAAAUCCUAUGGGAACAGGAAGCUCUAUAUGAAUGGGACUCUAGGAAUAAAAGCUCUGACCUCCAGAGACCGGGGGUUUUACAGGUGUCUCAGUGCUAACUACCUGGGGGUGGACCUGUUGACGUCCCAAGUGACAGUCACUGGCGAGGGGUCCAGGAAGGUGACAGUGGUGGAUAGAGAGGGGUCAGGGGCGGAGGCUUUGGUUGAAGUUGACGGGGCCAUAGAGGAGAGGGAGGAUUCCCACAGUGAGGUCCCUUCCUCCAGCCCCUCUGACAGAACUAUCCAGGAGUCCAGGACCAUCACAUCAGACAGGCCCUACCCCAGACUCAGGUCUUCCUCUCAGGGCAGAGGAUCAGCGGGCUCUUGGGGGAGAAGGAGGAGCCCAGCCAGCAGCAGGCGCACAUGGAACAACAGGAGGGUAUUUGAUCAAGCCUCCAAGAAAGUAGACCUCCAGAGAUUUGCAGAGUUUGUGAAGAAGGCCCAAGGUGGUUCAACAACAAAGACAAAGAGUGCAAAAGAAAAAGGAGAUUCAGAGCCUGACAUGUCUGGGGACCGGGAUGCUGGAUCUGGGGAGGGUCUGUCUCAUGAAGACGGACUCAUUGUUUUACCAAGCAGCGUCAUGCCAACCACAGAUUCUCCAGAUGAAAGUAUGAUGGGUGUAACUGCAAGCAUAGAGAAUUUAAACAAUCAGAAUAAUGUCAUGGCAACCACCAACAACAGUGAAACCAGUGUCAUGAGAACCAUGGAGAUCCCAGAUGACAGCCAGACUAGUUUCACUGUAACAACAGAAAAUACUGACAGAGUGACAACAGUGACGACAGAUUCAUACACCCGGUCAGACGCCACACCCAUCGAGUCCACAUUCACCCACAGCAGCCACAGCAGGUCUAGUGGUGAGUCGUACUCUUUGGAGAGGAACACGACAGUACCUCUGAGACAACCCGUCACGCUCCUCCUCGCCGUGACCAACACCACAGACAAGACACAGAUCAUGUUCUCCAGAGAAACACCUACAGAACCAGAUACCUCCACCGGGGCGGCGCUAUUGCUUCUCACCGACCCCAAUGUCACCCCCAUGAUGGACAGUCCCAGAACACCCAACAGAGAGCCUGAGAUCCACACAGCCACUGACCCAGACAGCCAGACCACCUUCACCGCAGUCACCACCACAGAGAGAGAGCAGGAUGAGAUCACCUUCCACACCACCCAGAGGAUCAAGUCCCCCCGUCUGCCUGCAGGCUCCACCAUCAUCUCCCGCCAGCAGAUCCAUAUCAUCCCUCCUAUGAAGGGCAGAGGAGGAGGAGGAAGAGGAGGAGGGGGCCGGAGGAGGAACUUCCCUGGCAGGAGGAGGUUCAUCAAGCCCAACCGGAUCACAGACAUCCAGUCCAUCCUAAACAAACUCAAACAGCCUAACAUUGUGAAGAAGCAAGGCAGCAGCACAGUACCCAACACUAUGGAGCUGACCACGGACUGUGACUGUGAUGAAGAUGAGAAGAAGAUAGGUGGUCAGCGGGUCGUCACACCAACAACAUCUCCUAAAACUCCCAACGUCCCUAGCUCCUCUCUAGGAAGAACAGAGAGACCGACCACCACAUACUCAACAGAAACCACCCAGCCCACUUCCUCUCACUCUCAGUCCAGAGGUGAGGUAUCCAGCAGCUACAUGACCUCCACUAAUGCCCCAGAGUCUGACCCAACACACAACCCUAUGACGAGCACAACAGAUGAACCAACAACCUCCACCAUCACAACCACAAUUGCCUCCAAGAUCGUCCGUGGUAAGAUCAUCUGGGGCAAGCUGUUUGGGAACAGGGACAGGCAGAGGGAAAUAGUCAACAGACUACGUAAACCAGCCAGGCCCUCAACCACCCCAGAGGGCUCAACAAUAGUCCAACCAACCACCACCACAACUACAACCACAAACGCACUUCCCACCCAGCGGUCUCUGGCUGAACCUGUGACCGAGUCACCGUCUAUAGCAGGUAAACACAGAGAGAUCCCAGAAAUCUCAUCAGACGAUGACUAUGGAGAUUCAUUGCCUGACUCUGAGGCCUCGACCACACCCCAGCCUGGCACUAGCCGUGGAACUACAACCCCAGCCUGGCACAACAGGUACUCCCCCACCACAGAGUCUUCCCCACACACCCAGACCAUCGCCUCCCCACCUGUCCCAAGAGAAGACACGGAUGAGGCCUCGUCCUCUGUGUCUGAAUCUGGAGGGUCAGCGGGGUACCUAUCCCGUAGAUUUGGGGGAAACCGGAGACCAAAUGGCGGGUCAGGGGGGUACCUAUCCCGUAGAUUUGGGGGAAACCGGAGGCCAAAUGGAGGGUUAGGGGGCAGGAGGCCUUUCAGGGGCAGGAGGCCUUUUAAAAAAAACAUAACAACUACGGAAGCCCCCAGCACCACCAUAAAAUCAACAGAGCCUUCAACCACCAUGGAGACCACCAUGGAGACCACCACAUAUCCCACAGAACCCACCAUGGAAACCUCUAAGGAGACCACCAUGGAGACCACCACAUAUCCCAUAGAAACCACCAUGGAGACCAUCAUGGAGACCACCACAUAUCCCACAGAAACCACCAUGGAGACCUCCAUGGAGAACACCAUGGAGACCACCACAUAUCCCAUAGAAACCACCAUGGAGACCACCACAUAUCCCGUAGAAGCCACUAUGGAAACCACCAUGGAGACCACCACAUAUCCCACAGAAACCACCAUGGAGACCACCAUGGAGACCACCACAUAUCCCAUAGAAACCAGUAUGGAAACCACCAUGGAGACCACCACAUAUCCCACAGAAACCAGUAUGGAGACCACCAUGGAGACCACCACAUAUCCCACAGAAACUACCAUGGAAACCACUGUGGAGUCCACCACAUAUCCCACAGAAACGACCAUGGAAACCACCAUGGAGACCACCACAUAUCCCACAGAAACCAGUAUGGAGACCACCAUGGAGACCACCACAUAUCCCACAGAAACUACCAUGGAAACCACUGUGGAGACCACCACAUAUCCCACAGAAACUACCAUGGAAACCACUGUGGAGACCACCACAUAUCCCACACAUACCCUCUCCGUCUCCAACCCCCUGUACACGCUGUCCAGAGAAUCAGAUAGGUCUGCAGUGACUGUGUCCACUGGCAUGACCUCCGUGGGAGAAACCACCACAGACUCUGACUCAUACGAUAAUGAGAACUGGACAGAUGAGAUGAAGUCCUCCACUAACCGUCCACGAGCCUACACUUCCACCACCAGGCCCAGAAUGACCUCUCCCACAACUUAUCCAACCACCACCUCCAGGCCUUACACUACAUCAUCAACCCGGGUCCAGACUAACACCAACCCCAUCAGAGUGAACACUAACAUCAGGCUCCCGUCAGGGAGAGACAGCCGUUACCAAAUCACACAGAGACCCAUGAUCAGGAGAACCAGGCCCAAGGUGUCCAGUAACAGGGCCAGCAGUGGCCCAGACAAGACCCUGACCUUUGACACACUGACUAUUCUGGAAGCAGAGCAGGGGCACGCCAAAGCCCCCUAUAGCAGCAAGGACAUAGACGAUGCCAUCUCCAACGCCUAUACCCACAUCACCGGCUAUGAUACGACAACGGCUAACAUUGUGGGCUUUGAGCGGACCACCAAGGACAUGCUCACCAAGCCCAGGAUCGUGGGAGGCAACGCUGCCAGCUUCACUGUCCUGUCCAACUCAGACGCCUUCCUGCCCUGUGAGGCCGCGGGCAGCCCUGAACCCACCAUCAGCUGGAAACGCUUCUCUUCAAGCAGUGGAAGCACAAUGACCAUCAACGGCAAGAUGAGCAAGUUUGAAGUGUUCCCGAACGGCACUCUAUCCAUCCAGAACGCAAACAUUAAAGACCGUGGUCAAUACCUCUGCCUGGCUGAGAACGGUCAGGGGUCGGACAAGCUCCUGGUCACCCUGUCCGUAGUGGCCUACCCCUCACGCAUCCUGGAGCCCAAGGUACGGGAGAUCAAAUCCCACUCUGGGAAGACAGUGGAGAUGAAGUGCAAGGUGGAGGGCCGCCCCACCCCUCUGGUCUCCUGGAUCCUGGCCAACCGCACCCAAGUCAGGGGCCACAACUCGGGUUCCAGAGUGUCAGUGACCCCAGAGGGCACUCUGCUCAUCAAGCAGGUGUCUGUGUAUGACUGGGGCCACUACAAGUGCAUCGCCAGUAACCCAGCAGGAGCCGACACUGCCACUGUCAGACUGCAGGUGGUGGCAGCACCUCCUGGUAUCCUGGAGGCCAAACGACAGCAGGUCCGGACCGGUGUGGGUCAGAGCCUGUGGUUACCCUGUACCGCUCAGGGCAGCCCCCAGCCCACCGUGCACUGGGUCCUCUAUGAUGGAACGGCAGUGCGACCCCUGAAGCCCUCUGUGGACCCCAGGGUGUCUGUGUUCGCUAACGGGACGCUCCACCUGACCGACACGGCCGCCUCGGACGGUGGGAAGUACGAGUGCAUCGUCACCAGCUCUACAGGGUCGGAGCGCAGGGUGGUGAUGCUGACUGUGGAGAAGAAGAAGGAGAUGGCUCCUGAGAUCGUGGAGGCGUCACACCGCAGGACAGAGCUGGCGUAUGGGGACCAGCUGAGGCUGAACUGCUCGGCCACCGGGGACCCCAAACCCAGGAUAAUCUGGAGACUACCGUCCAAGGCUGUGGUGGACCAGUGGCACAGGAUGGGAAACCGAAUCCAGGUCCUGGACAACGGCACCUUGGUCAUGGACUCUGUGAGUGACAAGGAUGCCGGGGACUACCUGUGUGUGGCGCGCAGCAAAGUGGGAGACGACCUCCAGCUCAUGAAGGUCACCGUGUCCAUGAAGCCAGCCAAGAUCGAGCCCAAGAUGUACGGCAAGAAGCAGGUACCCUACGGCAACGACCUUAAGGUGGACUGUAAGGCAUCUGGAACCCCGGAGCCAGAGAUCUCCUGGGGCCUGCCGGACGGCACCAUGGUCAACAGCGCCCUGCAGUCAGACAGCAGCAGUGGAGGGGGAGGCGUACGGCGGUACAUCCUGUUUGAAAAUGGCACACUCUAUCUUAAUCAGGUGGGCAUGGCGGAAGAGGGAGACUACACAUGCUACGCUGAGAACCAGCUGGGCAAGGACGAGAUGCACGUCCACAUCACUGUGGUGAUGGCAGCACCACGGAUACGUACGCCCAGCCGGACCUACGCCCAGGUGAAGCCUGGAGGCAAAAUCCGCUUUGACUGUGAAGCCACGGGCGAGCCCAAGCCCAAAAUCCUGUGGAUGCUCCCUACUAACGACAUGAUCGCAGCCUCCAACGAACGCUAUCUGAUGCACGUCAACGGCUCCCUAGACAUCCAGGAUGUUAAGCUGGUGGAUGCUGGGGAGUACGUGUGCAUGGCUCGCAACACCGCCGGGGAUGACAGCAAAGUUUACAAGAUGGAUAUCGAUGGCAACCCUCCUGUGAUCAACGGCAACUCCCAGAACAGGAUCGUAGUGAAAGAAACGGCCACCAAAUACUCCAGGAAGUUCAUAGACUGCAAGGCCACUGGAGACCCGCUUCCCAAGAUCACCUGGAUCAUGCCGGAUAACAUCUUCCUGAACGCUCCGUACUUCGGCAGCAGGAUCAACAUCCAUCACAAUGGAACGCUCGAAUUCCGGAACGUCCGUCCGACGGACAUGGCGGAGUUCAUCUGCAUGGCGAGGAACGACGGAGGGGAGGCGGUGAUGGUGGUACAGAUGGAGGUCACUGACAUGCUCCGAAGGCCUAUCUUCAAGAACCCCUUCAACGAGAGAGUAAUGACCCGUAUGGGGAAGACCACAGUCAUGAACUGUUCUGCAGAUGGUCACCCAACACCAGAGAUCAUCUGGCUGCUACCCAACGGAACCCGCUUCACCGGGGGCUCCAACCGGGGCUCACGCCAACACCUAGGCAACGACGGAACCUUCGUCAUCUACAACCCCAGCAAGGAGGACGCUGGGAAGUACCGCUGUGCCGCUAAGAACUCGGUGGGCUACAUUGAGAAGCUGAUAGUUCUGGAGGUGGGCCAGAAGCCAUUAAUCCUCACCAGGCCCAGAGGGAUCAUACGCAGUGUGUCUGGGGACCCUCUGUUCCUUCACUGCCUGGCUGAUGGCAGCCCCAGACCCCGGAUAUACUGGACCAUCCCUGGAGGUCACACCCUGGCCAGACCGCAGGUCCAUGGGCGCCACCAGCUGAUGGAGAAUGGGACCCUGGUUGUCAAGGACACCACCCUCCACGAUCGGGGAAACUAUGUGUGUCGGGCGUCGAACGACGCUGGCGAGGCGGUUCUCACAGUGCCAGUCAUCAUCAUCGCCUAUCCUCCCCGCAUCUCCACGGGACCCCCUCCCACCGUGACAGCGAUGGCGGCGGCGCCCAUACAGCUCAACUGUGCUGCCAUCGGGAUCCCAAAGCCAGAGAUUACCUGGGAGCUGCCUGACCGCUCUGUGCUCUCCACGGCGGGGAAAGGGCGGCCCACGGGCAGCGAGCUGCUCCACCCACAGGGCACGCUGAUCAUCCAGAGACCCACUACAGCAGAUUCUGGCACCUACAAGUGCCUGGCCAAAAACCACCUGGGCACCGACUCACGGGUCACGUAUGUACGUGUGCUGUGAGCACCAGCGCUGACUAAAGGAGAAUAUAAAACCCCUGGACUAUAAACUCUUAACAGACACGGAAACUUCAGUGUUUCUUAUGAUGUACAAUGUCAGGAAAGACUCAUUUCUACAUGUGGACUUGUGAGGAGCGGGGUUUGUGGAAUAGUUUGAUCACGGUACAGCUCACAUCAAUCAACCAAGUAGCAGAACAGGAUUAUUAAGAGAAGGAGGAAGGAAUGGAGGAGGGAAUGGAGGAGGGAAUGGAGGAGGGAAUGGAGGAGGGAAUGGAGGAGGGAAUGGAGGAGGGGACGGAGGGGGGGAUGGAGGAGGGAGCGAGGGAAAAUAGAAGCUGUACAGAGGAGGGUCUGUUCUUUGCCAGGAAAGUCGUGACUAGCGAGGUGGUAUUCUUAUUAUAACAGAGUCAGAGGUCUGGAAACGCACGGUUGGUUCUCAUUUGAGGUGUUUUUAAAAAGGGUCUAGAAGGUGGGUCUUACAGUGAGGCUACGUGUUGAGUGUUUUGACCAGACACUUUACUAUUACAGCCUGUGGGGAGAGAGGAAGAGAGAAACUUACUAUAUUCCCUCUGGACACUUCCUCAAUGUUUUAUUUUUGGGAGUGUUGGUAAUGACUCAUUUGCUGCAAUGACAGAAACAUUCUAUUAUCAGAAUGUUUCUAACUAUUUUGCUUUUCAAGACACAUUUCAUAUUUCUUGUGAAUAAAUCUUUAUAAACAGGCAGUAUAUUUUAAUGAAUUCUGCCAAAUAUACAUUUUUAAUAUACAUUUUACACUGGAUUAUCAUACAGUUUUUCAAAACAAAUUUCUCACAUUUCUAACUGUUUAUAUUUUUUAAUUAGCAUUGUUAGUUUGUCAUGGUGCAGGGUAGCUUAGUGGUUAGAGCGUUGGUAACCGGAAGGUUGCGAGUUCAAACCCCCGAGCUGACAAGGUACAAAUCUGUCGUUCUGCCCCUGAACAGGCAGUUAACCCACUGUUCCCAGGCCGUCAUUGAAAAUAAGAAUUUGUUCUUAACUGACUUGCCUGGUUAAAUAAAGGUAAAAUAAAAAAAUAAAAUAAAAAUCUUCCCCUCUCAUGGUUUGACAGUGCUUGUAUCAAUACAAAUGCAGGAGUUUGGUUGGUGUUAAUAGCGACUUUUAUGGAGGUGAAAGUAUCACCUACACAGUAUUCAGUAGCAUCGUAUGAACUGUCACUAAAAGUAAAUGCAUUAUUGGUUUUAUGUAAUAUUAUUCCUUUUGUAACUAUUAUCUACUUUGUGAAUCAAUGGUACGCGGGAGAUGAAAUUAAACCAAAGAUGGAAUGUG